UGAAUUGAUUUGGAACAUGACGGUUUCACAACUAAAUACAAUAAUAUCAAUUCAUUAAGGUAUUUAUUUACCUUUAAACAGUUGGGAUUUUUUUCUUCUUGUCAUGAUGUCAUAAACCUUGAGAAUGUCGCAAAAAGUGUUACUUAUUCUGGUGUUUUUGUCAAUUUUUGUUCUGGUUAUUGCUGGAAAUCGUAAAAAACACAGACAGUGUCCCUCACGUGAUGAUGAAGAUCAUGUGUGUUGUGAUUGGGAGAUAAAAACAUAUCAACAGACAAUCGAGCGCUGCAGGAAAUGUCAAGUUACACCUACUGACCCAUCUGAUGUAUGUUACUACAGAAAAAGAUACAGUUAUAAGAUUAGACAAGGCUGUGUUGAUCGUGUUACGUAUAAUGUGACCGAGUCAACAUGUACACCAAAAUGUUGUGACGGGUGGACACUUGACGAAUAUGGCCAAUGUUCGAUCAAAGCAGAUGCAAAUACUCAACAAAUUGCCUGUGAAAAUGGCGGGUCUCCUGCAGGUUACUAUUGUUCUUGUCCGAACGGAUUUUCCGGGACACAUUGUGAAUCUGCUGUUUGCACGCCUCAUUGUUUGAAUAAUGGAAUUUGUUCCGGCAGAGAUGGAGAAGCUGUUUGUGUAUGUCCCGAUGGAAGAUAUACCGGGAAACAGUGUGAAACACCUGUAUGUAAUCCUGGGUGCCAAAAUGGCGGAAGCUGCAUUGAUGGAAUAUAUAGACCAAUGUGUUCCUGUCCACCUGGCUAUGAAGGGGAGUCGUGUGAGAAAGAAGUCAAAGAUGGUGAAUGUCCUGUAGCAUCAGGUGCAGGAAUUUGUGCUGAAAUGUGUACAACCGAUUCUGGAUGUCCAAACGAGCAGAAAUGUUGUGUAAACGGAUGUGGUGCUCACCAAUGCACGGCACCAGCGGCUACAACAUGCACUUAUCAAAGUGAACAUUAUCCAGUCGGUCACCGCCGCCAACAAGAUUCCUGCACAACCUGUUUAUGUAAAGAUCCUAAUAGUAAACAACCAUGGGAAUGUGUUUCUAUUAGUUGUCCCAGACUUCCAUGCUACAGAACAAAGAUGAUCCCUAACUUGUGCUGUCCGGUAUGCGACGAUAUGCCGACCACGACUACAACAACACCCGUACCAACCUCAACAACGCCAACACGAAUGCCGACCACAACCUUGCCUUCCACGUGUAUGGAGAAUGGAACACGUUACCCAAUGGGUGCCACUAUAAAUAGAAAUAACUACUGUGAACGUUGCACAUGCGUAUAUACUGCAUCUGACAAUGGAGAAUUGUAUGAUACCACAAGCUGGCAGUGCAUGGUGAUAGAUUGUUUCUGGGAUUCAGCAUGCGCCAAUUAUACAAAUAUUCCUGGUCAAUGCUGUCCUAUAUGCACCGAUUACUUAUCCACUACCACUACCAUGAGACCGCCUACAACCAAGACGCCAGGGGCUACCUGUUACAGAAAUGGAACGAAUUUUGUGAUCGGCUCUGAAAUACGAGGAAACAAUGGUUGUGAUAAAUGCAUUUGUGAUUAUUAUGGACAAGAUUUGUUCCCAACAUGGAGCUGUUCACCUGCAGUCCAAUGUCUUUGGUUUCCCUCAAACUGCACAAAUAUUACGACUGUUGGAUGCUGUCCAACUUGUGCCGAUGUUCCUACAACAAAGGCCCCACCAACAACCGCCAGUCCGCCACGUAACACUUGUACAAAGGACGGAAUUGAAUAUCCAGAAGGGUCUGAAGUCGGCACAGAUAGCUGCAACGCUUGCAUUUGUAUUAAAAUGGGAAGACAAAAUCCGGAAUGGACAUGUAGGAUUGUUGAUUGUCCUCCAAUAACAUGUUUAUCACAAAAGAAUAUUCCCGGGCAGUGCUGUCCUGUCUGUGAUGAUAAACCACCAGUUGAAUGCGGACCCAUUUGUGAAAUGUUUUGUGAAAAUGGAUUUCAAACUGAUGAGAAGGGUUGUCCAAUAUGUGCAUGCAAAAAUAAACCACCAGUUGAAUGUGGACCCAUUUGUAAAAUGUUUUGUGAAAAUGGAUUUCAAACUGAUGAAAGGGGUUGUCCAAUAUGUACAUGCAUUUCAACAACUACCACAACACCAGCACCCACAAAAGUCAGUCAAAGCUGUACAUAUAAUGGAGAAAUUUACCCCAUGGGUCAUCAUAUCUGGAGAUCAGACUGUAUGAUGUGUACUUGUUAUUUGAUUAACGGACAGAAACCAGACUGGAGUUGUAUGAUUAACGAUUGUCAAAAGCCAAAUUGCAGCAAUCCAGUCAAAAUUUCGGGUCAAUGCUGUCCUGUUUGCCCUGCAACAUCCACACCGGCCCCAACUACACCUAAAUCAUCAAUAUGCUCCUUCAAUGGUAUACAAUAUCAGCACAUGAGCACUAUUAAACAAACAGAUUGUAAAACAUGCGUAUGCCAAUACCAGUAUGGCGGAUAUUUAGAUUGGUCAUGUCGCACAGAAGCCUGUGUGUACUGUGAAAAUCCCAGAAUGAUUACAGGACAGUGCUGUCCGAUGUGUGAUGAUACAACACCAACACCUCCACCUCCAACAACUGUUCGACCUACUCUUCCUCCGAAUACUGGACCUUCGUUUAAGCAUUGUCCAAGUGGUACACUGAUUGUCAAUACACAUAGAGAAAAGUUUAUCGACAUUCGUAGAUCUGUGAACCUGACUGUUGCCGACAAUUCUGGAAAAACAUACAAGAUUCAAUACUCCAAGGAAAUUAUCGAGGCUGUUCCUUGCUCUUGUGGCAAAAAUAUUCAUAUUAUUACAGCCCAGUCUCAUCCCCCAGAUCAGUAUGGACGGUUUGCAUCAUGUCAUAUCACGGUUCAUGUUGUUGACAACCAUCCACCAAUGUACAGUACAUGCCCAUCAGAAAUCUCUGCAUUUGAGGACGAAGUAAUUAGCUGGGACAAACCAGAAGCUUCAGACAACGUUGGCAUCAAAAAAGAAAGUUUUAUUUCUGAUUAUGAAAACAAUAGCAAAUUUCCAGAAGGCUCCCAUCUGCUAAUGUAUGUUGCUGUUGAUCACGAGGGUAAUGUUGCGGCUUGUCGUUUCCUCGUAGCUGUCUAUAAGAGAGGAACAUCUGAUCCGACUAUGCCUAAUCAAUUGAAGAGAGAAGAUGAAGAAAAUAAGAAAAAUAUGAUUAUAUUGCCUGUGAUUGGUAUAUUAGCAGUAUUGAUUCUAAUGAUAGCAAUUAUUCUAACAGCAUUAUGCUGUCGUCGGUUGAAGAAAAAAGAGAAUGCACGUCAAACUGGAGGUGAACAAAAUGCUUAUGACAAUGCUAUCUAUUCAACUGCCACUCCACCCAGAACUCCUCCUCCAUCUUACAGUAAAACUGGUGGAAUGAAAAUUCCACCAAAGUACGUUUUGGGAGAUGAAAAACCACCUCUGUAUGAAGAAAUGGACGUCAAGGUGUUCACGAAGAAGGGUGUACAAAAUCCUGUCUACGACUCUUCUGAUGAACUUGAAGUUAGGAACAUAAAACUGAGAAUGAGAGACGAGGCUGAUGCUUAAGUGUGAAGUAAAACAGAAUGACAUUUACAUUAUAAAUUUGUAGAUAUUAUAGGUAGAAAAAUACACGUUUUUUAUUACAUUAGUGCAGACAGAUCCCACUAUUUUUCACUAAAAACGUUCUGUAUUUUAACUUUUUAAGUAUUUGAUUAAAUAUCGUUCAUAAUAUUUGUCAUCUAAUAAAGCAACUCUAAAUUCGAUCUGUGUAAGCAUUUGUAAGAAAUUUGGCGAAAUCUGGUUAAAUACAUUUUAUUAUACUGUAUAGAAGACAUACAAAAUGAUUUUACAAGAUGUUAUCUGACAUUUCUUUGUGUUCUUUCUGUCAUGUAUAUAGCAUGUUAUAAUAUUUUCGAUGUAAAAUAAACUCAAAAUGCCUAAUAUAACCUCCUUGCUUUUGUCAUAAAUGUAAAUGGAAAUCCAGAUAAUUUUUUGUGAGAUUUCACUUAAAGACAAAUGAAUUAAAUAAAAAGUACUUAUAUCAUAGAUGAUUAAUUAAAUAUUAAGAAAGACAGCUUAAAGUACUAUACCAUUAAACAGUGCGAAAUUAAAAUUUAAAAUUGAGCAAAUAUUGAAUUUAUGUUAUUCCAACAAAGCGUUUUAAAAAGAAAAUGUUCGAUUAAUUUAAAACAUCUUAAUACUGAUAACAUACUUAAUUAAACAAAAAAACUGUAUUAUAACUUUUUUUACUGUUAACACGCAUUAUAUAUAUAUAUGUAUAUCCCCAUUUAAUAUUUUUUGUUACUUUGUUUUUUUACCUGAUACGUUGUUGAAAAUUGAAGACAUCUGGUAUGUCUUAAGAUAUUGUGCUUUGAAAGCAACAUACUCGUUGACGCUUUUAUCACUUGUUGUAUCUAUAUUUUUAUAAAAUAAAAAAACCUAACUUUUC